AUGAAGGCAACUCUUUUGGCACUCGCUGCUAUUGGCGCGCAAGCCUGCCAGCGUGAACGUGCAUUUCUACAUCACCCACAUAAGCAUGUCAAGCGGCAAUCCGUUUUCCCUCCAGCCUUGACACCCGAUGAAGAGAUAUUGCUAAACUCCUUUGACUCCGUAUCAAUAUCCGAAUGGUCAUACUACUACACUCAUGGCCAACAUUUGGCUGGUCAGAAUGAGUCGAUGGCCCAGUGGACUGCCGACAAAUGGUCUGAAUACGGAUUCACCUCAAGGCUCGACGAGUACUAUGUCUUCCUUAACUACCCUGUAUCGAACUCGCUGCAGCUCACAUAUUCCAAUGGUAGCACUUACACUCCUACCCUUAUGGAAGAUGUACUGGCAGAGGACGAGACAACGAGCUAUCCCAAUAGCGUUCCAGUCUUCCACGGCUACAGUUUCACCGGCAACGCAUCUGCAGAAUACGUUUACGUCGGACGAGGCCAGCAAGUUGACUUUGACCGCCUCGCGGCGCUUGGUGUCGAUCUUGAGGGCAAGAUUGCGCUGGCAAAGUAUGGUGGCCCAUUCCGUGGCCUCAAGGUUAAGAAUGCUCAGGACCACGGUAUGAUCGGUGCUGUGAUUUUCAGUGACCCUAGCGAUGAUGGAAACAUGACGGAAGCAAAGGGAGUGGCCCCCUACCCUUAUGGUGGUGCGAGAAACCCUUCAACCGUCCAACGUGGAUCCGUCCAGUUCUUGUCUACUUAUCCAGGAGACCCGACUACUCCUGGUUACGUCUCCAAGCCAGACUCACCACGCGCAGAUCGCACCAACAUCACUCCACAGAUUCCAUCAUUACCUAUUUCUUGGAUUGAAGCCCAGCCUCUACUUCAGGCACUCAACGGCUUUGGAACCAACGGCACUGCAGUCAACAGAACAAACUGGGUUGGUGCCAUUCCCGGAGUUGGUUAUUUCACAGGCGAGGGAUCUGGCGCAUCUCUAUCGAUGAGUAAUGUGAUGAACGACACGUAUGGCACAAUCUGGAACGCCGUUGGUAUCAUCAAUGGUACGCUUGAGGAUGAAGUCGUCAUUGUUGGCAACCAUCGUGACGCUUGGAUUGUUGGCGGUGCUGCCGAUCCUAACUCUGGAUCUGCCGUGCUCAUUGAGUUGGCCAAGGCAUUUGGCGCCCUCGCUGAGACAGGUUGGAAGCCCUUGCGAACAAUUGUCCUCUGCAGUUGGGACGCCGAGGAGUACGGCCUCGUUGGAAGCACUGAGUGGAUGGAAGAGUACAUCCCCUGGCUCAAGAACGCUGCAGUGUCCUACCUCAACAUUGACGUCGCGGUCAGCGGGCCCAUCCCAGACGUUUCCGCAACUCCAGACCUCCACGCCGUUGCUACGAAUUUGAUGAAGAAGAUCGUUUACCCUUACCGAAACGAUACUGGCCUUACCAUGUACGACGUCUGGUCGCACGAGAGCGGCGAGGUGGGUGUUCUGGGUAGUGGAAGUGACUACACCGCCUUCCUCCACCGUGGUAUUGCAUCCAUCGACAUGGGAGCUGGUGGAGGUCCAAACGACCCGGUCUAUCCCUACCACAGCAAUUACGAUUCGUACCACUGGAUGGCUACCUUUGGUGACCCUGGCUUCAUCACCCACAAGGCCAUGGGACAGUUUCUUACUCUGCUCUUGUACCACAUGGUAUCCGACCCUGUCGUGCCCCUUGAGCCAGCAGACUACGUCUCUGAAUUCAACACGUACCUUGAAGAUCUCGAGACGGAAAUCAGUGGUAGCAACUUCACUGUUGACCUUACGAACCUUACUGCUGCAAUCGCCCAGUUCGAAACCUCGGCCCAGGAGUUUGUUACGUUGAGAGAUCAAGCUGUUGCUGCAAAUGAUACUGAGCUUAUCACCGUGCAGAACCACAAGGCACGCGAUUUCUCCAGAGGCUUUACCUCGCAGGGUGGCUUGCCCACAAGGGAGUUUUAUCAGCAUACAAUCUUUGCUCCUGGACGUGAUACUGGAUAUGCUCCGGUCACCUUUCCUGGUAUUACUGAGAGCAUCACAUUCGAUCAAGAUGCAGACUUGGCGCAGGAGUGGGUGCAGAAGACUAGCUCUGCGAUCUUGGUCGCUGCUAGUAUCUUGAAGACGUAA